AUGGCUCCGUCACCUCCGUGCUAUCUCGGGGCUCCUCGGGCUCCUCGGCGCUUCACACCUCUCCGCUCUUGUCCUGCCGUCACAGGCGAGUGUCCUGAUACAACUCAAAGCCUCAGUCACGGCCCCGACUCGCUGUUAUCGCGCCUUGAAGCUGUCGACAAGUUCGCAUUUUACGGCAGGCAGCACGCGCACGUGGACCACCUUUCGGGUAUAGAAAAAGCCACGACCGUAACACUACAGAGCACAUUGCUAUUACAGGAGGACGGUCAGCUAGCAGCCAAGCUGGACGACGUCGUCUACCUAAUUGACGGUCUUCUGGAGCUUGUUAGGACACCUAGAGCGCGUCUGGCGCAGACUCGCAGCGUCCUAGAGCUGGUACAAUUAGUACAAGCCCCGCACCUUCUACAGGCCGUGGAACUGUCCUGUCAGCGCCGCAAUAUCCGCAACAAACUCAAGCUGCUGCUAGUGAGACUUAAGGACACAAGCGAUGAGAUGUCUCGACUCUCGUUGAGUGUACUGGUCUAUUUCUUGUCGAAAAGUGACGAUACUGAGGACUAUUUCGAUGCUCAGGUGGUUGCAGCAAUUGUCCACGCACUUAAGCAGGAGAACGAGCAGAAGGAGGUGAAGAAUGCAGCCGUAUCAGACACUAAAUCGACGAAGAAGUGCUUGAAACGCAAGCAGGCUGAGACUCUGGAGACGUCCACGACGCAGGUGCUGGACGAGUUCUGUCGGAUGCAAUUGGACGAAAUUCUACAGGACCACGAGGUGUUUCGGUGGUGA